UUGCCUGGAGACGACGGAAACGUCUGGGAGCAGCAGCGAUGGAGAAGUAUGAAAAAAUCAAAGUUGUUGGAAGAGGAGCUUUCGGGAUCGUACACCUGUGCCGCAGGCGCAGCGACGGGGCCUUUGUCAUCCUGAAGGAGAUUCCAGUGGAGCAGAUGUCACGAGAUGAACGUCUGGCAGCUCAGAAUGAGUGUCAGGUCCUGAAACUGCUCAACCACCCAAAUAUCAUAGAAUACUAUGAGAACUUCCUGGAAGACAAGGCCCUCAUGAUAGCUAUGGAGUAUGCACCAGGUGGGACUUUGGCUGAUUACAUACAGAAACGCUGUAACUCUCUGCUGGACGAAGACACCAUCCUUCACUUCUUUGUACAGAUUUUACUUGCCUUGUAUCAUGUCCACAACAAACUCAUCCUGCACAGGGACCUCAAGACACAGAAUAUUCUUCUUGACAAGCACCAGAUGAUCGUCAAAAUCGGUGACUUUGGCAUCUCCAAAAUCCUCGUCAGCAAGAGCAAAGCUUACACGGUGGUUGGGACUCCGUGCUACAUCUCCCCAGAGCUGUGUGAAGGAAAGCCGUAUAAUCAGAAGAGUGACAUCUGGGCUUUGGGCUGUGUGCUCUAUGAACUAGCAAGCCUUAAGAGAGCCUUCGAGGCUGCUAAUCUACCCGCCCUCGUUCUGAAGAUCAUGAGCGGUACAUUUGCUCCAAUUUCAGACCGAUACAGCCCAGAACUCCGACAGCUCAUCCUCAACAUGCUGAAUCUGGAUCCUUCCAAACGGCCCCAGCUCAAUGAAAUAAUGGCUCUCCCCAUUUGCAUCAGGCCCCUGCUUAAUCUCUACACAGAUAUAGGCAAUGUCAAAAUGCGCAGGAUUGAGAAAUCACUGUCUACUGUGCACAGUCCUCAAGGGAGACCAGGAGGCAGAGUUCCUACCAACAGGUCCAGAGAUGGAUCAGUUGGUUUAGGAUCAGGGAAAGUACACUCGCUCCCCCUGUCCUCGGUGUACACGUGGGGAAGUGGCAUCUCAAUGCCUCUCCGCUUGCCAAUGCUCAACACUGAGGUGCUUCAAGUGUCUCUGGGCCGCACUCAGAAGAUGGGGGUCACCAAGUCAGGCCGUCUGAUUACAUGGGAGGCUCCAUCAGUUGGGUCUGGUGAGGCCAGUCUGCCUGGUGUGGUGGAGCAGAUGCAGCCUCAGUUCAUUUCUCGCUUCCUAGAGGGUCAGUCUGGAGUCACCAUCAAAUCCGUGUCCUGUGGAGAUCUCUUUACCACCUGCAUGACAGACAGGGGCAUUAUCAUGACGUUUGGAAGUGGGAGCAAUGGGUGUCUAGGACAUGGUAACUUCAAUGAUGUAACACAGCCCAAGAUAGUUGAGGCCCUCCUCGGCUAUGAGCUGGUUCAGGUGUCAUGUGGUGCUUCCCACGUUCUCGCCGUGACCAAUGAAAGAGAAGUAUUUGUCUGGGGAAGAGGAGACAAUGGUCGCCUUGGGCUAGGCACCCAAGACACCCACAACUCUCCGCAGCAGGUGUGUUUACCUGUGGAAUUUGAGGCCCAGAGGGUAAUGUGCGGAGUUGACUGCUCCAUGAUUAUCAGCACUCAGUACACGAUCCAGGCAUGUGGAAGCAACAGGUUCAACAAGCUUGGCUUGGAUAAGAUAACAGCUGGAGAGGAACCCAAUCCCUCAAAUCAGGUGGAAGAAGUUCAUUCUUACACUCCUGUCCAAUCAGCCCCACUCAACAGUGAAAAGAUAGUUUACAUUGACAUUGGAACGGCCCACUCUGUUGCUGUUACAGAAAGGGGUCAUUGUUUCACCUUUGGCAGUAACCAACAUGGCCAGAUGGGCUGCAGUUCCCGUCGUAGCAGCCGUGUGCCAUACCUGGUACCUGGCCUACAGUGUAUCACCAUGGCUGCUUGUGGAGAUGCUUUCACCUUAGCUAUUGGAUCUGAAGGGGAGGUGUACACCUGGGGAAAGGGGGCCCGCGGCCGCCUCGGUAGAAAAGAGGAGGAUUCUGGGAAACCAAAGGCGGUGCAGCUUGACGAGAGUCACCCGUUCACAGUGACAUCAGUGGCAUGUUGUCAUGGCAACACUCUGCUGGCAGUGAAACCUUUGCUUGAGGAACCUGUCCCAAGAUGAUUUUGUCCUGAAAACAAACCCACACCCACUCAGCAGUCGUCAUGAAGCCCUGUGGUGGCGUGAGGUGAAGGACAGCUUCCUCUGAAUACUCCUCCCAGAGGCCCAUCUGCACUGCAUUUGAAAGAUUCCUUUUCAUACUGCAGCUGCGGCCUCAGAUUGUCACUUGGUCUUUCCUCUCUAUCAGUUUUUUUUCUUUCAGGAAUGAAUGUUUGUUUCAUUCUGUGACUUGAUAUCAUGGAGCAAAGCACAGAAAAGGUCGAAAACUGACUGUUUCUGCAGGUGUAGCUCACAACAGGCUGGUUAAAGGGAUGUUGUAACACUUACUGAAACCGGAUUGCAGGAAGUCAUUAGGAGGCUUUCAUGUGGUGAACUAUUGUCCUCUCUCACGUGCAGGAUAAGCAUGAUAAACCAUGAAAGGUCAGUGAAAGCCAAACUGGUUUGAGCUCUCUUGAGCAACUGGUGAAUGCAAUGAUACAAUGCACAGAAACGAAAAGAAUGAAGCCACUUGAGAGUUCAUCAGUCAGCUGAACCAAACACAUUAAUCUUGAUCAGGUCGUCAGUGGUCACAUUGUGCUUUAUUGGAUUAGUCCUCCAAUACAUUUGUAACUCAACAGCAGUGUUCAGACCAGAUAACGACGUGUUGUUUAAGGUUAGACUGAACCAAGACUUUAUGGUGUUGAAGAGGCUGUGGCUGUGUCCGAAAUCACUCCCUCAUCCACUCAUUCACUACUGCCUUAUAGUUUUGUCUAUAGUGAGAAGUAAAUAGAGAUUUCCAACACUUAUGAAUCAUCGACAUAUUGCUAUUUACAUUCACUGACAACUGACAACCUGGACUAUGAGAUUGUUAGUCGUAAAUACUUUUGUAUGAAUCUUUCAGGGUACUAUAUAGAGUGUAAUUGUCACCGUUCGACACUUUGGACACUCAGAAAAUGGCGGACAGUAAAUAUAGUGCACUACAAUGCAAAUAGGGAGUGAUAUUUCAAAUGAGAUUGCAUAUAUGAUGGUGUAAACUGUGUUUAUAGGGUGACCAAAGACUGUUGAGAAAAGAAAGAGCCCAUGUAUGCCGAGCAGUGGUGAAGUAGUACUCAGAUCUUUUACUUAAGCAGAAGUAGCAACACCACGAUGUAGAAAGGCUGUGUUACACGUUAAAGUACAAAAGUAUUAUCAGCUUGAUUUUGAAGGAUUAUAAUUAUUGAUGCAUUCAUGUGUAAGCAUCGCUGAUGUUGCAGCUGGUAAAGGUGUGGCUAAUUUAAAGUACUAACUUAAUCUAUAAUAAUACAUCAUUAUUUAUUAGUGAUUAUAUUGUUGUAUUAAUAAUCUGGAUCAGCAAAGUAACUUAAGGUGCCAUAUAAAUGUAGUGGAGUAAAAACAACAAUGUUUCCCUCUGAACAGUAGUGAAGUAGUAGUAGUAUACUGUACCGUAAAAUGGAAAUACUCAAGUAAAGUACAAAGAUUAUUUUUGUACUACUAUUAUUUUUCUAGUGUUCAAGCUUUCUUCUCUUGUUGGUGGACAUCUGAAAUCAAAUUCUGAACAGCAUAAACCUGCAGCCUGAGAAAGAAAUCCUGUGGUAAAUGUUAUGUAUGUAUAUUAGUGUAUGUCAGACCAGAGGACAGUUCCACUGUGGAUAAGCUUUAAAUUAGAGACAAUUAGGUUUUCAGAAAGGCAACAUAUAAUGCAUUACAAAAGCUGCUGAAAUGAGUGUUUGGGUAAAAAGACAGAGAAAAUCCAUAUCUUAACUGGGAAGUUCAACUUUAAAAAAAAAACAAAAAAAACUAGUUAUACAUCACCACCUUAAAAUGAUGAGGUUAGUCUGACAGUCUUAUAUACCUUGGCUUUAUACUGCCCCCACAAUCUUAUUCUUACAUUAAUCACUUGAUUCAUUAUGUAAUUUCCUUUAUAAUUUGCUCAGAUUAAUUAACAGUUGGUGUGAUUGUUGUGAUGAUUAUUAUAUAUUCAGUUAAUAUAUAUUAAUGUACAUCUGUCCUUUAAUGUAUUCAUAAAGAUUUUAAUAGCUUUUGCUUGUUUUUCCAACUGUAAUCACAUUGUAACAGUAAUUAUUACUUAUUUAAGAUGUGUUCACACCUUUUCUGAGGACAUGGAUCCUUUAUCAUUGUUGUCUUGUAUGAUGAUGUAAUGAUGAUGUAAUCUGGUGGCAAUACAGCAGGUGAAAAUGA